AUGGCACUCCCACCUGGAGUUAUCAAGUUCGCGCCAGGGGGAGGUGGUCAACCUCCACCACCUCCUCCUCCACCACCGCACCCGGCUGGAGCCAAGGUGCCGCAUCAUCAUGGACCGCCUCCUCCUCCACCUCCUCCGCCGGGCCGGGCACAGGUACCGGGACCAUUCGCUGUCAGACACCCCGGGCCUCCGCCGCCUCCCGUAAGGCCUGUUGGAGGUCAAAUGCCUCCCGCUGCUGUAGCCCGCCCUCCCACAGCACAUCACCCAGCGCACCCAGGACCAAUUAUCCACCACAUGCCGCCACCGGUGCCGCUCCAACAAAUGCCAGUACAACAGGUGCCGAUACAGCCCCCACGUGAUAGAAUCCCUCCCGAGCUGCGAGAGAGAAGACUCGUGGAAUAUUCGGACCUUCGAAGCGAACGAAUGACGGACGCUAGCGCACGCGAAUACCUGUCCGAGUACGUCGUAUACCGCUUCGAAAAGGUCCUGGAUCCCAUGGAGACCGACAUUGAAGGGUUCCCAACGAAGCCAACUUGGGAAAACGUCAGACGGGUUGAGGUUCGUGACCUGUCCCGUAAAGACAUCAUCAGGAACAUCCGAGAACUCAACGAGGAAGGUCAAACUGCCCUGCAGAAGAAGAUGGACCUCACGCCAAACCAGCAGCUGCAGAUCGAAAAGGCACAGAACGCGCUGGAGAAACGCAACACCGACAAGCGCUAUCGCUAUACCCUGCAACAGAUUAGCUCCAAGAUGAAGAAGCUCCACAAGGACUCUUACCAAUAUCAACAAUAUAUGGCGGACAGAGAAGCGAAGAAAGUUGUUGUUGCAAGAGGGAAGUCAGCGUUGUCCAAGUCAAAGAAGAACUUGUUCGAGACGAUCGCCGUGACGGCAUAUUUCAGAAAGGAACCUCGCUUCGAGGAAGAUGCCUUGGCAAUGUAUCGCAGCAAGAAGGAGGAAGAGAUCUUGAUUCAGCAAAGAGAGUCUGAGGCACGAAACCUCCACUUUCAACGACAAAUGCAGCAGGAUCGCCACCAUGUUGAAUUUCUCAUGCACCAGCAACAUCAGGCUCAGCAAGAAAGACUGCGCCCACCGCCUCAGCAACUGCCGCCGCUGCCUCCAAUACACAAGUUACCGCCACCUCCAAAAGCCACAGCGGCUCCCAUAGUCAAGGUUGUGGAAAAGGACCACGGGAAAGGAGGGAAAUGUAAGACUUACAUCGUUCCUUCCUCUGGCUCCCGGACUUCAAGCAGCUCCAAUUUCUCCAGUGAAUUGUACGACACCGAAACAGAAGAUUCCCCAGACUCAUCGGAGUCGUCCAAGUCCAAACAUGGUCGUCGCCGUCGGGGACGUCGCCAUAGCCGCAGCCGCAGCCGAAGUCGUCGUCGCGGUCGUCCAGAGGAAUACGGGCUGAAAGGCCUUCGUCACCAUACAAGAUCUGACGGACAAGAUCCGCACUACAUCCUCGAUUCAGAGCCGCUGCGUGGGCGUUUGCUCGCUGCUCCAACAUCACCAACAGCCCUGCCAAUGCUUGAUGGCCCGGCCUACAUUGAAGAAUCACUCUUGGCCAGACGGAUUGCCAGCAGGCAAGAGCCGUAUGGUGUUGGGGAUCUCGAAGACCAACUGGAAGACAUGUUCAACCGUCGUCGGGCUGCACCAUCCGCUAGAGUGAUACAACGAGACCUCAGGGAUCUCCCUAUCCGCAGGGUAGAACCCCAGGAGGUUGCCCGCAGGAGACACGAUGACGACUUGGAAAACGUCAUACGCCUGAAACUUGAAGACGAAGCCCAGUUCGAACAUGAUCGACGAAUGGAGGAAGAGUUCGAGGCUGAGGGGCAAGAAAUUGCAAGGCGGCACCACCGGUCCAUGGAAGGGCGAUUUCGUCGGCCAUCACUCGACAGAGGUAGGCUCUUCCGACCGAUUCCGCCCGAGACAUACGAGGAGGAGGCGGCUCGGGACUAUAUGAGAGAACGGGAGCGUCCGGCACGCACCCAUUUUGACAAUCCGUUCGAUCCCCUCGGGCGAGGGACGAAGCGAAACUCUUUUGGCUAUCGGCCGUAA